AGGAAAAGUUUUACAAUGAGGGAAAGGACUGAGGCACCUCUGCCCGUGGUUAAAGUCUUUUUGUAGCAGAAACUCCUGCAGGCGCACAAACAGCCUCGAGUAGAGAGAGAAAGACACACCAAGGGAAUCUGACACACCACACACACUAACAAAAACCAAUUUGUGUGCUGUGGACCAGCAUUCUGAUCUCUCUCUCUCCGUCUCUCUUUCAUUCGCUUUACCUCCCAUUCUCCAUCUCUUUCUCUCGCUGUCUUUAUUAGGCUAAAUAAACCGCAUUGUUUUAGAAUUUGAGCAACUCUAAUUGGGUUUUUUUUUCUCAGGUCUUAUACUCAAAUCUGAAACCAUUUAAUCUAUAAGGAAUUUGAGAUUUUGCAGGAAGAUUCCAGGCAAUAAGCAGAGUAGCGUCAAGUCCGACACAUCGUUUUCUUUCUUUUUACACAAAUCACACACACAUUCGAUUUUUUUUAAUUUUUUUUUUAAAUGGUAGUAGGUUAGGGUUUGCAGAGAGAGAGAGAGAAGAAUGGGCAAUAAUUAGGAACUGGACCAGGUGCAGUGUGUGGGAGAAGACUAACAUGACCCUGUCGGUUGUUCUGCAAAGACUACUACUAUUCUUUCCUCUCAGUUUUUUUGGCCAAUAUCUCUCAUUUUGAGUACAAGUCUAACUCAUCUAAAAACCUCUUCCUUUGAUCGAUGGAUUUUAUUGGGUUGGAUGGGUGAUAGGAAACACAUAGCCUUUUUUCUUCAUCUCUUUCCACCUACUUUCUGAUAAUGUAGGAUUACCUUCUUAAUGAAAUGCUAGAGAUCAACAACCUGUGCUUAUAUAUAUAUAUAUAUAUAUAUGGUUCUUUUUGAGUUCUUAUAUAUAUAUAAAUAUAUAUGCACUACUGUUGAAGCUAUCAAGGUGGUAAAUUUUAUUAUUAUUAUUAUAUUUUAAUUUUUAAUUUUUAGCUUUUAGUAGGUCCCGCACUGGUUAAUCCUUCCACUGCUGCUCUGGAACUCCAAUAAUUUGCUCUUUUUUAUUUUGGGGGUUUUUUAGUGUGUCUGGUGAAAUUAAUCUAACCUUCUUAUCUCAUCUCAUCCAUCACUUGUCUAUCUACUAAUACUGCUCUGUCACUCGCUUGCGUUUUUGAGAGCUAGGGUUGAAAUCAGUGAGAUAUGGGUUGGUGGGUUUAGCACCCAGAAAAAAUGUCAAAAUCAGAAUUAGGGAGAGAGAAAAAAAAAUAUUAAUCUUUUUUGGUUUAGCUUAUUUGUUCUCUAAUUAUAUAUGUUUGUACUUGUAUUAGAUAGAUGGGGAGGGAGACAAAUUAGUGUUUUGAGAGAAAUUAGUGAUAAAAGAACAGUAAUUUGAGGUAGAAGAUCAUUAAAGAUGGAGAUGGUUAAAGAAAGCACUCCAAAUUAUUUUUAUUGAAAAAUAAAAAUAAUUAAAAAAAAAUAGAAAGAGAGACAGAGGAAUAGAUCAAGGCCUACAUUAGACAUCAGAGAUUUAAUGGAACUGAGAGGCCAGGAUAAGGAAAUAGGGAUGCCGAGCACUGUGGGUUAUAACUCACCCAAUAUAGAAUCUUCUUCUUCCAAGCUAAAUUCUUCGUCAUCUCUGGGUUUGGGAGAGAGAAUUAGAGAUCAAAUUGGUCAUGGUACCUCAAUCUUCAGCCCACCUCAUCAUGAAACCCUAGACCAACACCAUACUACUCUUUCUUUCCAAUCCCAUUUCCAACCUCUCAAUAUUCCUCAGCAACAUCAACAGAAAUCCAGAAAAGAUCAUCAAGACCACCAGAACCCAGAUCCAGUUCCAGCUCCAAUUUCCACAUCAAGUGCAACAACAAUAAUAACAGCCAGUGGAUCAAACUUCAAAACACCACCUCCACCACAACCAACACCACCACCAUCCACGGCCGCCGCCGUCGCAGCUUCUUUGGUACGGUAUCGGGAAUGUUUGAAGAACCAUGCGGCCACCACCGGCGGGCACGUGCUCGACGGCUGCGGAGAAUUCAUGCCCAGCGGAGACGAAGGCUCUUCGGAUUCAUUUAAAUGCGCCGCUUGCGAGUGCCACAGGAAUUUCCACCGGAAAGAGAUCGACGGCGAGUCUCAAUAUUUACCUAAUGCUAGUUACUAUUCCUAUAACCCCCUCAAAGACAUCAAUGGCAGGAGAAGUUCAAUUGCUACUACUUUGCCACCUCAUCCACAAAUUCCUUCUCCUCCUCCUCCUCCUCAUCAUCAUCAUCAACAUCAACUUCAUCAACAACAACAGCAACGUGUUCGUCAUUAUCAAUUCUCUUCGCAUGGUCUUUUGACGAGUCCCUCUGCCGCAGCCGCCGCCAGUGGCAGCCUGAUGGCACCGAUGAUGAUGACUUUCGGUGGAGGCGGAGGAGGUUGGACGGCCGCGGAGUCUUCAAGCGAAGAUCUCAACAUGUUUGAGUCGAAUUAUGGAGUUGGAGGACAAGCGGGUUGUUCAGCAGUAGUGCAGCAUCAUCAUAAUCAAGCAAGUGCAUCGAAGAAACGGUUUCGGACGAAGUUCAGUCAACCGCAGAAGGAGAAGAUGAUGGAAUUCGCAGAGAAGUUGGGUUGGAGGAUCCAAAAGCAUGAUGAGCAAGAUGUCCAGCAGUUUUGUUCUGAAGUGGGUGUAAAGAGAAAGGUUUUCAAGGUUUGGAUGCAUAAUAAUAAACAGACCAUGAAGAAGAAGGAAGUGUAAGUGUUAUAAGGAAAACAAAAACAAAUUAAUUAUUUUCAAUCCCUUUUUUUCCACAAUGGAUUCUUUACUACUGGGGUGAGAAAAAGAGGGGGAAAAAAAAAAAAAAAAGAUUGAUUUAUUAGUGAAUAAUUAGAUUUAGAUGCAUGUGCAUAUUAUAAGAACAAAACUAGAUGAAAAAAGGAGGAGGCAGACUAUAGCAAAUUACUCCUGAUGAUUAUUGUCUCAAUUAAUUUCUCUCAGUGAUCAUAUUGAUUAACAUCAACUUCAUUGUAUUCUCUUCGUUCUUUGUUUAUUUUCAUUGUCAAUUUCCAACAUAUAAGAAAUUGGGAUCUAAACCUUUUUCUGUUUCCCCA